CUAAAAAAAAUGACAUUCAGAUUGAUUGCAGUGACGGCUGCCUUGUCAGCUGUCAUUUUCGUAAGCGCCAUUUCAGAUUCUGAAGAUUCUGAUGGAGCGUCAAUAAACGCAACUGGAAGGCUGUUCGUACGACAGAAAUAUUUCGAAGUCUCUUUUGGUGUACAAUCUUUCGCCAGAGCAUUGGCCAUUUGCAAAACUAGAGGGAUGACUUUGGCCACCAUUAGAAAUCAAGACGAUUACAUUCGAUUAAAUGAUACGCUAAAUGUGCUGGGAGUGUCGCCUUUGGAGAGCUACUGGCUAGGAGGCAUUAUGUUACAAAAUGGCGUUUGGGUUUGGAUUAGUACUGGUGAACGGAUUGGAUACUUCAACUGGGCAUCGACUCGACCGGUUUAUUCAUCAGCUCAAACCGAAUAUUGCCUAAAAUUAGGUGCUUACUUGCAGGCAACUAGAAAAUACGAAUCUAGACAAUACGAUAACGACAAUUGUGCUUGCAAAUUGUUGUUUAUUUGUGAGAGUUUAUAA